GCGCCAUUACGAAGACAUGGGGAAACGCCUCUUUUAUGAAUCAAAACAAAUGCAUGGCUUGUGCCGGCUUUCGGCGUUGUCUAGACUAUGGUGGCUCCAAUAGCGCUCUUCCUCAAUCACUGUCUGCUCAAACUUUUCGCCUCUACCGUCCGCGACCAAUCAACGCCAAGCGCACAGUCAUAGGCGAUUUGCUUGUCGUGACGCAACAUAGCUCUUCGCGACUCACCAGAACACCACCAUGUGAACCCCGGGAUAGUCUCGGUGUAUUGCAGGGCUGUCCGCACGCGCACCGGGAAUGCUGUGAAAGCUCAUCUACAAAGUUCCACGCCAAGACUCACAUACGCCCACACAAUUCAACUGCAGCAUACAGCCACUGCAAGUAGUUCGAGACCCGAAGAGCUGUAGACUAAGUUCAGGCCAUAGUGACUAGCUGCAUCGGAGCCGGCAAUCAACAUGGGUGCAUCACAAUCCACUGGUGGCGGGGAUGCGGCCAGUGGUGCGGGCGAAGUGAAGACGAGUUACUACGAACUGCUGGGUGUAGAACGCAAUGCCACACCAGACGAGCUCAAGAAAGCAUAUCGAAAGAAAGCACUCGAACUACACCCCGACCGAAACUAUGGUGAUGUUGAACGUACCACUGCCCUCUUCGCCGAAGUCCGAUCCGCAUACGAAGUACUUUCUGAUGACCAGGAACGCGCAUGGUACGAUGCACACGAGAGGGAUAUACUGCGGGGUAGCACGGGCGAGGAUUCUGGCGAACACUACCAGGGUGACAUGAAGGUUACGACAGCCGACGACAUAACGCAGAUGAUGGGCAAGUUCAGGGGGAACGUCGACUUUUCAGACUCGCCGAAUGGCUUCUUUGGCUUCGUGCGGGAGACAUUCGAACAGCUUGCCCGCGAAGAGGAGUACGCGGCAGACUACGACGAUCUCGACGUACCAGAUUACCCUACCUUUGGUCACAAGGAUGAUGACUAUGAAGGCGUUGUACGUGACUUCUACUCAGCUUGGAACGGCUUCGCUACAGUGAAGAGCUUUGCAUGGCUGGACGAAUACAACCCUUCUUUGCAACCUGAUCGUCGUUACCGUCGGGCGGCUGAGAAGGAAAACCAAAAGAUUCGCGAUGAGGGUAGACGGGCUUUUAACGAUGCCGUCAGGACGCUGGUUGCGUUCGUACGGAAGCGAGAUCCGCGGUACACUCCAAACACGCAGACGGCCGAAGACAAGGCCAAGGCACAGCGUGACGCCAGAAAAGCGCAGGCUGCACGCGCAAGGGCUGCGCAGAUGGCGAAGAUGGAACAAGAGGAGCAAGCAGUGCCGCAUUGGGCUACGGCACGGCCGGCCGACGAGGUUGAGGAGGAGAGUGAAGAAGAAGUCGAAGAGGAUCUGUACGAAUGCGUGGCAUGCAACAAGACAUUCAAGAGCGAGCGACAAUAUGACGCCCACGAGAAGAGCAAGAAGCAUCAGAAAGCAAUCCAGGCUCUCAAGAAAAAGAUGCAAAAGGAUAAUGCCCAUCUAGACUUGGACGAGGAUGCUCUCAAGAGUGAUGAGAUCUUACCAGCUGAGGACGAGCUUGCGAAGCAUGUUGAUGUCUCAGGCGACGAAGGCUCUGACGUAUCUGUCCAAAACCUUGCAAAGAAAACGACUGAGCUUGAUUUAGACGACUAUAGUGUGGACGAGGAAGAGGCGCCCUCAACAAAAGUCGCACCUAGUAACACAGUAUCUGCAUCAGCUACUGGCUCAGAAACCAGCUCAGACGUAGACGAUGAAUAUGCCUCACGCUCCGAAAUCGAGGCUCGACUUGUUGGUGCCAGCACGGAUCCUUCAACAGCAACGACCGAGGACCUCGAGUUGAAGCUUGGCGAUCACACAGAACCAGAAGUCGCUGCCCCUCCAGAACCCAAGCUUGGCAAAGCUGCGCUGAAACGCCUAAAGAAAGCUGCAAAACAGGCUGAGGGUGAAGAGCCAGAUGUAAAGAAUAAGUGCGCUGGCUGUAGUGCCGGCUUUUCGUCCAAGACACAAUUACAUCAACAUUUGAAGGAGCAUCCUAAACAUGCGGCGCUUAAAUCGGUUGCGAAUGGUGGAAAGAAGAACAACAAGCGGUAGUAGACAUAGUCCCUCUUGGUCAGGGGCUUCUACUAUUGAUAGUGGAAUACUCAGGCUUCUGCAUACCCUCUCCAAAAUACUAUAAGUCUCAUAGACUUGUACGUAGUCAAUCAACAACGAAGC